AUGAUGAACCCCCUCCUAGACAUUGUGUAUGAUGUCACAUUGAGUCCUCAGGGUCGUCGACUUCACUCAAAAGGAUUUCGACGGCGACGACUACAGAAUUGGUUGCCCAUGGGUGUAGCAUACGCAGCUUUCUACAUGGCUCGGUAUAAUGUCUCUGCAGGAAACGUUUCGUCCGUGCGUAAUCAACUUGGCUUUUCCUCAAUCUAUAUGGGGUGGGUUCUUUCAGCGGGCUCCUGGGCAUAUGCUAUAAGCUCACCAUUUACUGGACAGAUUACCGACCGUAUCGGAGGAAGAAAUGGCAUGAUUGUAGCAUGUUUCGGGGCAGGGUUAUGCAAUUUGGCACUUGGUAUCGCUUUGGCACAAGUGCUGUGGUUAAGAUCAAUGCGGCAUGGCACCGGAAGCACCAUCAUUGAUUCACUGGGCUGGGCAUACGUGUUUAUUAUUCCUGCUUGUAUGUUACUUGUGAUGUCGAUCAUUGUCAGUGCGUUAGUGAAAAAUUCGCCAGCUGAUACCAAUUUGCUCUCUCCGGACCUAUUACCAACAACUUCAGCGCAGAAUGAGGACGAGUGCAGUUCAUAUGAAAAUGAAAUUGAAGUCAAUUCGAAACAACGAAUGAAGCAGUUGAUGAAAAAUUACACUUUUCUCGGAUAUCUAGUAGCUUUGUUUUUUCUUUGCUGGACUCGUGACGGAUUCCUGAAUUGGUUUCUUUCUUUCUUCGACGAUGUACGAUCCGAGCCACUUUCGUCGGAUGACACGGCCAUUAUUGGAGGAGCUUGGACCAUUGGAGGAUUUGUUGGUGGUAUUCUUUGUGGAUGGAUAAGCGACGUCGUUUUCAAAUCCAAUCGAGUAAAACCGAUCUUUAUCUUCUCCAUGAUCCAAGGGGGUCUUCUCGGAGUCAUCUACUUCAUGAGCGAAACAUGCAGUGUGAUGACACUCGGACUUCUCACAUUUGCCUCAAGUGUAUGUAUACUUGGCAACUACACAUUAUUGAGCUAUACGGUACCUACAGAUUUGCCUCAAGAGAUUGCUGCGGGUGCAACAGGUGUCAUGCAUGCAGUUGGGUACUUCUCGACUGGUCUCUCCAGUGCGGUCAUGGGCAACGUCAUCGAUGAAGUGGGCUAUCAUAUGUGGGUUAUAUCACUGAUUGCAGCAUCAGUGCUAUCAGGUGUGUUCGUGAAAUUAGGGUCGCAUUUUUCGAGGAAGGUUAAAACGGGGUCUCGAGACCAGCCUGUAGCAAUCAUGACUAUGACCGAUGCAUCUUAUGAACACUCUAACUCGUCUGCAUCGUUUGAUGGUGACUUCACAAUGGUGGAGGAGACGCCCAAUCAUGCACAAAGCGUUUAA